UGUCUGUACAGUGCGUCUCUCCCUCCCUCUCUGUCUGUCUGUCUGUCUAGCACGAGCAAUGGAUGCAUCCACGUGUGCAUCGUCGUGCUUGUGAAUUCAUCGGCCGUUCAUGUCUGUGUGUGUGCUGCAAGUGUCUAGAAAGAUACAUACGGUGAAUAGGUGUCUUACACUAGAGAUAAUGAUGGAUCGGACCCCUUCCCGCAAUUUACAGGGAACUGGAAACAAAGCAAAAAAAAGGCAAUUUGAUGGUAUAUGACACUAGUACUGCACGUCCUAUUAGUGCUGGUGGGCGUUCUCUUUUGCGGCUGUGAGGGGGUGCCGCUCACCCGUGGCUUCAGACAUCGCGAUAGACGAUGUGCCGUCGGCGCACAGGCAAGAGCAGAACCAUAUGCAUGCAGAUGGGAGAAAGCAGAGACCUGCAGCGCUGCACGGACGGGCUAUCUAUCUAUCUAUGGGGCCCUUGUGUCUGCCCUGCACUGCCUGCAGGAGAUCAACGACAUGCGUUCCACCCGGCACAACAUGAAUUGGUGCCGGCCCAGCUAUCCCUUGUCAAAACAGGUUGGUGGGUCAAAGGGAGGCAGGCACCAUGAAAGACGCUCGAUAGAUGCCUCCUGUCCUGCCAUCUAUCCAUCCAUCCAUCCAUGUGUCUGCCACCAUUGUGUGUCGUGUCGUGCAGAAGUAUCUGGCUCCUAAGUGGCAGCGCGAGUACAAGAAGACCAUUGAGCGGCUCACUACCCUAGGCACGGCUGGGACCUCUAACUUCACCGGGGAGGACCCGACCUAUCGCACAAGGCUCAUCGGGCCACGCGCACUCCUCUUUGGGCUGCAGCAGGGGCAGUACUACAUUCACCAGCAGUGAGGGAGGGAUGGGUGGUGAGUGAGAGGAGGCCGCGUGACAAUUGUGGGAGGGCUGGGCAAGGCAGGGCAUGCACCUUCCCUUUCUCACCCGCCCGAGGUUGUGCUCUUUUCCGCUUUUUUGCUGAAUAUUCGUGGGUUGGGGGACGUCGGUGGGGAGAAAUAAGGCUCCUCUGCUCAACAGCGGCAUGAGUGGUGGACCCUGUUUCUGAUGAAUCGGGUGUGGAUGUGAUGUGCGUCAGUUCCGUGGGUGCCGUGUUUAGUCUUUAUCUGAGCUGCCUUGCCCAACAACGCAUUUUUCGGUCACGGCUGCGUGUGUCAUGGCAACAAGUCAACCACAGACACACAUGUGUCACUGAUGUGUCAUGACAGUGCUGCGUCGCCAAAGCGAUAGUAAACAAACGGAUGGCUGCAUGACAUGAAGACAAAAGAUGGCACCACAUGCACACCUACCUUGCCAC